AUGCAGAUAAUGCCAGAGGCACAUGAAAAAAUGAAAAAGAAAGUAGAGAGUGACCAGGAAUUUAGGAAGAGAUUCACAUCAGAACGUUCGCGACAGUUUGACCUUCUGAAAAAGGAAGAGAAACUUUUCCAGAAGGUUGACAGCUGCUCAAACAGGUACAGCAAGAUUUUGCAACCGAAUUACACUGUGAAACCAGGUGACGGAAGACAAAUAAACCACGCCAUUGAUGAACAUUCUAUCAUUAUAAACAAGCUCAAUGACACACUYGACGAAAUUAAAAAACAUGACAACACAUUGUUCAGCACAAAUGGGAGAAACCUAAAGGAAGGGAGCACAUUCCAACAUGAAUUUAAUGCAAAACGAAAAGCGGGCAUUGAAAAAGUAAUUGCUAAUGUGACUGAACACAAAGAAGCAUUACAGCGGCUGCUGGACGACUGCAAACGGAUUUUUAAAGGCUCUGCACAGAAGUUUACCUCAGAGAAGAGAAAGAAGAAAGAAAAUAAGAGGAAAACAAAAAAKAGAAGACAGCAGCGAUAUGAUGCCAAUAUUAAGCGAGUAUACAGUAUUUGUAUAUCAAAUCCAAUAGAUUCUGAACUCCCCAACUUCUUUUCUUACCCUCCAUCCAUCAAGGUCCCCGAACUAUUCAUUGCUGUCGAAAACAUUGCUUCGGUGAAAGGCGGCAUAGAAGMAAAGUGUGUCGCUCAAAUAGUUGCAAAUCACCUCACAAAUGCAGCUGCUAGUAGACUGCUCACAAAUUUACGAACAAAGAUAGCGGAUGAAGUCUUCUCUCACCUUUAUCCUGAAGAGCAGGACACCAAUUCAAAUACUGAUGCCCAUAUUGAAGUUGGUUUACAUGACAGUGAGGACAAUGUCAAUGAUGAUACUGAUGAAAAUGAAUACAGCGAUGGUGACGUUGGUGCUGGCACUUAUGAAGAUGGCGAGAGUGAGGAGGAAGACUUUUAA